UCUCUUUGUUUCACAAGUGGGUGUAUCCAUGCUUCUCGGCAGAACCCGAAGCAGCCUCCUCAGCCAGAGGGCUCAAAGGAGGAGCUUCAGCUACAGAGGAAACCUUCCUGAUAGACUGACUCACUGUAUUUUAUCUUUAAUUCUUGAGUAGAGAGUUUACUCAGACUAAAUGAGACAAAACUGUGCUGGACAACGCUCCUCAACUAGAUAACAACAACUAUGUGAUUAUUCCGUGAAAUAGAAAGCCUUCAUUAAAAACAGCUGAAUGGCACGGUGUUACUUUCGCUGGCACAGGGUGUUAAUCUGUGUGUGCACGCCUUGCAUCUUCCUGGCCCUGCUCUUUGUCUACGUUGGUCUCACGGUGUGCAUGAGCAUGAGGAGCAUGACAGCACCAGCGAGUGAAAUCAUGCCAAAGAGUUCUCAUUUUGUGGCCAAUGGAAUUUUAAGAAAUAAGAUCUUCGUCUCACUCCCUAAAAUUUUCUGGGAGAACCAAUGUCAGAAAAAGGCUUUUUGGAACCAGCUCCAGCUGGUCGUUGACCGUCAAUUUAACCCCAUCCUGCACCCCCACGAAGCCAAGGGAUUAAUGAAGAAUAUCAGCUUUGAUGAUUUCCUGCUGAAGAAGAGUUUCUCUGCAGUUCGCAGACUCAACAACAUGACAUAUAAUGUUGACGAGCUACCACAACAGGUGCAAGACUUCACCAAGUACAUGCAGACAAGAGACUACCCGGUUCUCCUCCAGCCAGGUGGAGAAUGUGGAGCUCAGGGAAAAGACGAGCGGGAGGACCCUCUGAUUCUCUUCGCCAUCAAAACAACACUGGAUAACUUCAACAACCGACAGGCUAUUCGGCAGACCUGGGGCCAGGUGGGAUGGGUGGCAGGACAGAAGAUAAAUGGCAGUGGCAGAGAUAAUGGUGGAGCCUAUGUCCGCAGGGUGUUCCUGCUGGGCAAGCAAAACACCAAAGAACCGGGUGUGGAUGUGUCUGCGUUACUCAAGUUGGAGAGUACGCUCUAUGGAGAUAUUCUGCAGUGGGACUUUGAGGAUACAUUUUUCAAUCUCACCUUGAAGGAUGUGCUCUUCUGGAGCUGGUUCUCACACUCUUGCAAGCAGACCCACUUUGUCUUCAAAGGAGAUGAUGACAUCUUUGUCAACACACCAAAACUGAUAACCUACCUCCAGAUCCAGAUGGAGAAGCCGCAUGUGAAGAAGAACAUGCACAACUUCGUGUUUGGGGACGUCAUAGGAGCAGCUUCACCCAACCGAGUCAACAUCUCAAAGUACUUUAUCCCACACAGCUUCUACAAAGGGUUAUACCCCGCGUAUGCAGGCGGGGGAGGGUUGGUGUACUCGGGUCAGUUGACCAGACGUCUGCACUUAAUUUCUAAAAGAGUUCACCUGUUCCCCAUCGAUGACGUGUACGUAGGGAUGUGCAUGGUUCGGCUCAAUGCCUUCCCCACGCACAACCACGCCUUCCUCAUGUUUGACUUCCCCAAAAAUGAAGGGAAAGACCCGUGUUCGUACCACACCAUCUUAGCAAUCCACAAGCGAAGCCCCAAACAGGUGAUGAAACUUUGGGCUGACUUGAAAGAGACACAGGCACAAUGUCGACAUGUGCCUCUGAGAGUUGAAGAGAAGGAGAAAAACAAAAUAACCCCCAGCACUUUGUAGCCACCUUGAAAUGCCUCUGGGCAAGCUAUACGGGCAGAUAUGUUGUUUAAGUUCAGUGGUCACUGAGACAUAAAAACUGCAUAUAAAGAAUAACAGGAUUGCAGUAAAGGUUAAGUGGAAAAAGUACAGGCUUGGAAAUGUAAAGGAACUCCUUUAAGGAAAAUUCUAAUAACCAUUUUUGUAAAAAGGUAUCCGAACCUUGUCCUACAUUAAUAUAAUAUAAAACAAUAUUAGUACAUGAGAAGGCAAAUACUAUUCCAAUCUAAAUUCUAAUUCCCAUGACAGCUUCAUUCUGUUGUUUUUAAAAAUAACCAUUUUGUUGCCUACAUUGUAGAGGGUGACUUUGCCUCCACACCUAAACAGUAAAAUGGGACACUCAGGAGUAACCGUAAUUUAUGUGUAGUGGCUCAGCAUAGGGAAAGCAUAGCAUUGUGGAUUGUGGAAAUCCAUUGUGGAAAUCCACAUAGCAUAGCAUUGUGGAUUUACACAACCGGAUUCAACAAGAUGUAAACAGUUUCACAAGCUAUCUUCACUGAUGUCUAUCCUCUACACUAAAGUUAGAAUUCGGUUAAUUAUUCCAAGUGUCAUUAGGCUAACUUCAAAUUCAGUACUUGCUACACUUGAUGUAACCUAACACUGACCAUGAGCACCUGCAGGCCCUUCGCACCAGUCCAACAAAGAGCUUUACAGCGGUCCCUUGUUUAUCACGGGAGUUACUUUCUAAAAAUAACCCGUGAUAGGUGAAAUCCACGAAGUAGCCAACUUUUUUUUUUUUUUUUACAAUUAGUAUAGAUGUUU